UCAUCUACUGUACUGCUCGAGACGCAUAUAAAUACAAUGGCUGACUCGCUCCUACAGGCGACUAGCCACCGCCCUGUCAUGGCCGCCGUCUUCGUCGCGAGAGACCCGAGCUCUCUGUUCCAAUGCCUCUGCUGGCUCAGGCUCUAGUCUCCGUCGGACGGACCCGUCUGGCAGUGGUGGUCUACUCCCAGCAGCGCAUCAACCCUUCCCUUCGCGUCGAGAUAGCUCGUCAAUGGAUGUUCCUCCGACCUCCGCCACUCGCGAUGGUCCUCGCCCGCCGGAGGUAGAGGUCACGCAACGCUCCGUGCUUCCUCCCCAUGUUCGCUCGCGCUCCGAAACCUUUCCCAAUGCCAACCAGACGAGUCAUUCGCCGCACAGGAACUCGCGGGUCCGGGCAGCGUCCACCGCUGAACUUCCAGAUUCGCGACGACGUCCUGUCCGCCCGCGGCUCACGUCCCUGGUGUCCACACCUUCGCUCGCUCCCGCAGUAUUGCAUAUCGCGGAGGAUGAGACCGAGACAUUGGGUUCCUUCGUGCCGACCAACUCGUCUGGCAUCUCGCUGCGGUCUCUGCUGCGCCCAGACACUCUGCCCCUCUCUAUUACGCGCGCACCUCGUCAUGCGUACCCAGACUACACAUAUGACGAGGUACAGGUUCGCGAAGUCCGCGGCUCCUCCUUGCGCCAUUCGCCGCCACCUUCGAUUUCCCCACCCAUUCCAUCUAUAUGUCGCACCCCUUCUUCGUACACAGACUCCGACUAUUUUCCCACUGCCCCCUCAUCCGCCGGACCGGUGACUCCUGCGCGCGAGUUCUCGCCCUCGCCUACCUUUAGGCAGAAGCCGUUGCCCCUGCAUCCAGUGCUUGAAUCGCUCGAGGAUCAGUCCAGAUUCUGCGUCAAGACAGCGUGCGCGAACUGUCACACAGUGGGCAACAACUUCCCAUGUUGUCCGAGGUGUGGCGAGAUGUGGUGUUCAAGAGAUUGUAGGCUGCAGAGCAACGGCGGAAAGAGGCACAUUUGCAGGAAAUAUUGAUCCGAUGAGUCUGUGUUGUCCGCUCUAGACGCAUACCUCAUACCGUUGACGGUUGCAUCACUUAUUGUUACCUUGUGCCUUGGCGACUCAAGUACAUACCACCCGCGUCGAUAUGCAUAUGUGUGUACCAGUUACGCUCGGAUAAAUCUGAACGACCCAGGA